AUGGCUGCGGACAGUUCAUCUUCACGGCAAUCUACUGAUUCGAAGCAGGAGGAACAGCGUCCAAGAUCAGCUCAGGGUUCUGAAGAUGGCGAUGUCAAGCGAGAGCCAGAGCAACUAGAGCAGAAGAAACCAGUUCACGAGGAAGGUCGUUUCUUUCAACAGAUGCGCGUUGAGUUGUCAAAGCUGGCUUCGAGUACAUCGCCUUAUGCUGUAAUACCUACACUGGCGUGGCUUAGAAUCUAUAACUCCAAAGAAGAAAUCUAG